GCUCGAGCGUCCUAACAAGGGUUCGGUUUCAUCUUGGCUCCAGUCUGAACGCUCCGCCCGCUCUCGCCGAGGAUAUUGACUUUCCCGCAAGUUAAAGUAUUUAAAUGUGGACGGGAGGCAGAUGCUGUUUGUGGGACUGGAGGCGACCGCAAAGAGGAGCGCGCGUGUGGGUGGAAGGACUUUACAAUCCGCAGCGUACAGACAGACAGAGAGAGAGAGAGACAGACAGAGAGACAGCUCGGGCAUCUCUGCUUGCCACUUUCAGACAGAGACGCAUCAUCUUUCUGGACAAAUCACCUCGCUCUUUAGGGAAAAUAGGAAUCUCAUCCAUGACGCGUAAAGAUCCGUGCCUAGAACUAAAGGGCACUAAAGAUGGAUUAAUCUCCACUUCAGAACAUCAUUGUUGAAUAGCUGAAUGACACAAAGAGGGGUUGAUGGCAGGAGCUGGGGUGACAGCGACCCUCUUCGCAGGACUUCACUCGGUGGAUUAGCGCCGUAGCGCCUUUUAACUCUUCCAGACUUCUUCCUCCACGCCGCGGAGCGGAGCGGACCUGCGUCGGAACUCUGGCAGUUCUGGACCUCUUGAUUGGCAUGGGUUUGGCUUUCAGUGCGCAACAAGGAGGUUAAUUCAAACUCAACCGAAAGCGUCCAUCUACAGGGAAUUUCAUUUCUGAGAGCUUCCAGCACCGAAUCAGCGGAGUAUUCAUGAAGCAAUAUUUGAACUAUUACAGGAUGAGGCUGAGAAGGUUACUUCAGUUCGCGGCGCUCUGCUUUUACGCACAGAACACGGUGCAGUCGCCUCCUAAUUUCAAGCAGCACGUGACCGAGCAGAGCCGGCUGUCGGACCGCAUGAGCCGCAGACUGACCCGAACCUACCAGUUGUACAGCCGAACCAGCGGGAAGCACGUCCAGGUUCUGGCCAACAAGCGGGUCAACGCCAACGGGGACGACGGCGCGGUGCACGCCAAGCUGGAGGUGGAGACGGAUUCCUUCGGGAGCCGCAUUCGCAUCAAAGGGGUGAAGACGGGAUACUACAUAUGCAUGAACAAGAGGGGGAAGCUGAUUGGCAAGCGAAAAGGACGAGGCAAGGACUGCAUCUUCACGGAGAUCGUCCUGGAAAACAACUACACGGCGCUGCAGAACGCCAAGUACGAGGGCUGGUACAUGGCCUUCACCCGCAAGGGCCGCCCGAGGAAGGCCUCGAAGACCAAGCAGCACCAGAGGGAAGCACACUUCAUGAAGCGUCUACCGAGGGGCCACUUGCUGAGCGAGAGGAGGCCGUUUGACGUCCUCCCUCUGCCCGUGCCGGUGCAGCCUCUGAGCAGGCGGACUAAACAUUCCCAUCAGCGGCCCUCCGGGGGUCGCUGAGGACCGACCGAAGCGCGGCUGAGGAGGAACCGCGCAGACGAACCACUUCAGGAGAAAAGCAGAGUGUGAACUCAUGUGCCCACGCGUUCUAUUUGCCUCACUUCUGGACUUCUUACGUAAUUCUUGGUUUACUGGGUUUUAUGUAAACUAUCUAAUCUGCUAGUUUAUUUACAGACUGUAGCAAGUUUCUCUCUCUCUCUCUCUUUUAUUUUUAUUUUAUUUUUAUUUUUUUGGUUAUUAAACCGGGGCGUUUUGCAUUCUGGAGGGCUCAAAAAUAAUCUCACCAAGCGUUAAGACGUUAGCCAGCUCAGCAUUAAAGAAUGUUUAAAAAGUGAAGCUAGACGUGGCAGCUAUCUGUGGUUACGGCACCUCUCGCUCUCAGUCGACGGGCUCUCUCAGAGAAUUAUGUAACCUGUCCUGUUUUUCUACAUAUAUGGAUAUAUUUUUACUGUAAAAAAAAUGUAAAUUAUAUCAAAUGAUGAAUAUAUUUAUUGUAGAGUGUAUAUUAAAACCACUAAAGAGUUUCGUAAGCUG